AUGUUCACGAGCCUAAAUCACUUCAUGUGUGUUAUACUAGAAAGUGAAAGAGAAGAAAAGAAAACAACCGAAGCGGUCUAUGGAAUGAAAACUGGGAUAAACACAGCCAUUAUGAAGUGGACGGUCUUGUGCGGCCUUUUUACAAUGCUUGCGCGUCGCCGAAUUUUACGACUGUUAUUACGAAGUUCUCAAAAACUUUGUGAAUGCCGUAUAAAUUCUGCUCCUCCUUCUUCCACAGCGUUGAAAGUUGUUGUAAAUGAUAGGACGCACUAUGUUGUUAAACCAAAAAGAGGUGGCUGGAAAUCGUCGAAAGGUGGAGAUGCAUGGAAAAUUGCGCUCAUCGCUGAUCUCGAAAAAGAACUCAAGGCGGAGAAUAGACGAUUCAGUAUUCUCCAAGGAAAUCGAGCACAACAUGCACUGCUCAUCAGGUAUGUGUAA